AGAAAAUCAUUUAUUUAAACAUGAAAUGUACCACCACCGUCUACGAGCUUUAAUGGAGGUGCUUUUAUCAUUUUUUUGUUAUACUCGAGUAAAACAUAUUAAGGGAUAUAGAAUUUUAUGUAUGGUAUUUUUGUAUGUGAUAUUAAAUGUUCAUAGUUUAAGGAAUAGUUAAGAAAACUGUAAAUUAAUAAAAAUAAUGCGAAAUCUGCGCAUGCCCAAAGCUUCACAAGGUAGUUUGCGCAUUUGGGGUUUACAUAAGUGUUUGAAAGGAACAGUAAUCGAUUGAACGACGUGCGCGGUCUCCAUUUCUUGUACGCGUUUGAUGAGGUUCUUUGUGUCUAGUGGUGACUCCUUAAAAUUGUCCAAAAUGGUUAAGAUGGAACAUGACGAUGGAAAAAACGAACCAGAGCAUGUUAGAAAGUUAUUCAUUGGUGGUUUAGAUUAUAGAACAACUGAUGAUUCUUUAAAAAAACACUUUGAAAAAUGGGGUGAAAUUGUUGAUGUAGUUGUGAUGAAAGACCCGAAAACAAAACGGUCCAGGGGAUUUGGUUUUAUUACUUAUUCUCGGGCACACAUGGUAGAUGAUGCUCAAAAUGCAAGGCCACACAAGGUAGAUGGACGUGUAGUUGAACCCAAAAGAGCUGUUCCCAGGCAAGAAAUUGGUAGGCCAGAAGCAGGUGCAACAGUUAAGAAAUUGUUUGUGGGUGGUUUAAAAGAAGAUCACGAAGAAGAGGAUCUUAGGCAAUACUUCCAGAGUUAUGGUAGCAUUAACUCGAUUAGUAUCGUCACCGACAAGGAAACCGGCAAAAAGCGUGGUUUCGGUUUCGUUGAGUUUGAUGACUAUGACCCUGUAGAUAAAAUUUGUUUACAACGCAAUCACCAAAUACGCGGUAAACAUGUAGAUGUUAAGAAGGCUUUAAGUAGAGCAGAAAUGGCUUCUGCAUCCGGUGGUGGCGGAGGUAGCGGCGGUGGCGGUAGCAGAGGGGGACAGAGUGUAGGAAGAGGACCUCGGGGUGGCAAUCAAGGUGGAGGUAAUUGGGGUGGCCGAGGAAGUGGCGGCGGUGGAGAUUGGAAUAAUGGUGGUAAUCAAGGUGGUUAUGGUGGAGGUAAUCAAGGAGGUUGGGGUGGUAACGGCCCGUGGGAAAAUCAGAAUCAAGGUAAAGGAGGUGGAUGGGGAGGCCAAGGUGGUCAAGGAGGGUAUAAUAGUGGUGGAAAUUGGAGUAACGACAACUUCGGCGGAGGUUAUCAACAAGGCUAUGGCGGCGGUCCUGUUCGGAAUAACUUCAACUCUGGAGGAAGACCUGCACCCUAUGGUAUUAAUAUGGGUCCUAGUGGCCGACAGUCUGGAGACUCGAGAUGGCUACCACCCUUCGGUGGACAAGGUCCUAUGGGUGGCGGCAAUUCUGGAGGUGGUGGUGGUGGUGGCGGCGGCGGAUAUGGUAAUCAGGGUGGAUAUGGUGGUAGCUCUCUUGGCGGUGGAAACAUGGGAGGCGGCGGUGGUGGCGGUGGAAGAAGAUAUUAAAAUGCAUUAUCCGUGGCUACUUCCCUCACUUGAGCGCUCCAUGUCACAACUUCCAUUUUCACUCAUCGUAGGAGGUAAGUUAAAUCAACCUUUUUUGUAACUUUUUACGAAUUUAAAAAUUAUUGUACAGUAUCAAUAAGUUAUAAAACGGUAGAGAAUUAAUUAUCAAUUAAUUUUGUUGAAGAUAUUCGUAGCUUAAUUUAUAUGAAACUAUAUUUAAUAUUAAGUAUAAUAGAACAAUUGCUCAAGUAUUGCUAUCAAAAAUUUAAGAAAUUAAGAUUUUUUUAUUUAAACAUAUAAUUUUUUCUACAUAAAUUAUUUUAGAGGUAUAAUUUAUUACUUAAAUUAAAAGCAUGAUUUAUGCUCUUGAUACUGUUGAAGAAAAACAUAUACGAUAAUUUUUGGGAGGUAUAAUAAACUUUUUUUCAGCACAUA